GGGCAUUAGGACCCAGCACCCAAGGUAGUGGAAUCUCCAGCUCCCGUGUUUCUCCCCGGCUCCCUCCUCUCUUUGUCAUCCUCCCAGCCUAGCAGACUGCUGCUGCUGCUACUGCUGUCUGGACAGCUUUCCUCCUGCCUCCACCCCUUCAAUGGUUACUGUCUGGCUCUUGGCCAGAUAGAGAGCCCAAAGAGAAGGGACCGGGGAGGAUCUUCCCCUACUAUCUCCAAUGGCUUCCCCCAGGACAGUAACCAUCGUGGCCCUGUCCGUGGCCCUGGGGCUCUUCUUUGUCUUCAUGGGGACCAUCAAGUUGACCCCCAGGCUCAGCAAGGAUGCCUACAGUGAGAUGAAACGUGCCUACAAGAGUUAUGUCCGGGCCCUGCCACUGCUGAAGAAAAUGGGUGUGACUUCCAUUGCUCUCCGAAAAAGCAUUGGAACCCUUGAAGUGAUCUGUGGCAUCAUCAUGACCGUGGUCCCUGGCCGUCCUAAAGAUGUCGCCAAUUUCUUCCUUCUUUUGCUGGUGUUGGUCGUGCUCUUCUUCCAUCAGCUGGUUGGCGAUCCCCUCAAGCGUUAUGCCCAUGCCCUGGUCUUCGGGAUCUUGCUCACCUGCCGCCUGCUGAUUGCCCGCCAGCCAGAGGAACAGCUUAUUGAGAGGAAGGCUUCGUCCAGGGGUGGUGAGGGGCAGGCUGCCCCCCACAAGAAGGUCAAGGUCAAAGUGUCUUAAGGAAGCAGCCCUACACGGUGGACCUUCCAGGCAGCUUCCUCUGAGUAGCCCAGGAAGAUCUCAGUGCAUUUUGUUCCUUUUUAUUUCUUAACUGAUUGCUUUUUUGGGAAAGGGGGACCUAUGCCAUGUAAUGGUUCUGAAAUUUAUGUUCCCCUAUUCCCUAAAAUUAGCUCCUGAUCCAGCCAUAGACCCAACACCUUUUAUCACUCCCACAUCUGGCUGCAUGUAAAUUGUGUGUAAGAUUACUUCUCAGGUGUUUGUGUGGCAAACUAUUCCAGCAAAUAUUGUAUGUGGGGGAAAAGUAUGUAUGUGGAGAUGUGUGCUUGACUUGUGUGUGUAAAGAUGCGAGUGUAGGAGGAGGAGGCUUUGGUCUCAGCCUCACCCUCUACAGGUAAUCCUCACUUUAUGUACAAGGUGCAUUCUAGCCAAGGUGAAGACAGCUUGAGAUGGCUGCCCCUACAAGAUGGCUGAUGUUGUACACCUCCCAGGGCUAUGUAGCCCUUCUCCAAUUUGACUGACUCUGGGUUCUUUCCUUUGUCAUCUGUCCCCAUUCCCUAAUCCCUCUGCCUCCCCAUCCCCCAGGAAUGACUUUUCUAGCUAGAAAUCUCCUGAUAUUACCACUGGAUCUCAGAGGAUUUGUUUCCUUUGGGGCUUGAAUAUCACCUUUUCCCAGCAGGUGCUUCUAACUAAUCUUGUCCUGUGCAGAAAUUUCUUAAAUUUGAGGUGUUGGGUGACGUAAAAUUAAUCAGCGUCCUCCCUCAUCCAUCGUGUAAAUUGGAAAACCUAAAUACUAAAUUAACUUAGAAUAAGGAGUACCUGCAGUCAAUAGAAAAUCCAAUUCUAACUUAGUGGAGAAAUGAGCGGUUUAUAUUGCUAAAUCAUAGAUUUAGAGCUGGAAGGCAUGUUAGUAAUUAUUCUAGGCCCUUCGUAAAAGGGUCUUUUCUGUAAAAAAGAUGGCAAACCGAGGGGAGGCCCCCAAAGUUUGAAUGACUUGUCCCAGGUUUGAAUUCUGGUUCUCUGAAUCCAAAUUCCAUUCUUUUCAUUGCACCACUUUUCCCAAAUGGUUACAUAGUCUACAACCCGAGCAGUCAACUUGCCUCCAGACACUGUUUUCUGAUUUUCCUAAUCCCAAAGCUGCCUUGCUUCAAGCUUCCUCAGCCACCGAUGAGGAUUUAGCCUCUGUUCUGCUCUGCUCUACUCUGCUCUUGUAGCUGAGGGAGCAGGAGGUGGCCCUGUUAUAGAUGUCUCUGCACCUGAAGUCCUCAAAUCCCAGCUGUGCUACUUCCCAAUUGAUCCCCAAAGUGCCCAAGCGAAGCUAUAACUUCUUGCCAAACAGAAGCUCCCUUCUUACUGAUUUUGCACUGAGGUUAUACUGGGUUCAGGUUUGCUACUAGGAGCAGUGUCCUGACCCAUCCCUACAUCUAUAUCUCUCUUCACUAGAGAGGGGGAGUAUUUGAAAAGGUGACAGUUGAGCUGAGCAGUCUGAGGAAUUGCUUCCUUUGAUAGAAACUGCUGGUUUGCUGGAUGUUGGUAAACCAAUUUCCAUGGUUUGGGGGUUGUUCUGCCAGGGAAGGGGAAGAAUGAGAUUGUCAUUUUGUAAAAAGUGUCACCAUUCUUGAUAAAUGGCUCCCUCCCUCCUCCCCUUUUUGUCUCAUUCUUUCCAAAUAAACUUUUAGAAAUUUGAAGGAAA